GCCGCGAUGCGCGCCUCCGGCUCGGCCUCGUCGGCGCUCAGCGCGCUCUCGGGCCUCACGUCGCCCGGCCUCGACCUCUCGGCGCCGGCGCCCAGCCCGACGGGCGGCCGCGCCUUCUGUGCGCCGGCGCAGGUGCGCAUCCUUCUCGUGCCCGCGCCCGGCGCCGUGCUGCCCGACGAGUUCGAGCGCUGGCGCCGCGCCGUCGAGACGUUCGAGGUCGUCAAGCUCGUCGACCUGCCGCCGAGCAAGAGCGGCGCCAAGCGCAUGCCGUCUGGCUCGCCGCUGGCGCGCCUGGGCGAGGUGCACCUCUCCUUCGUCACGUCGCCGCUCGGCUCGCCGCCGUUCCUGGCGCCGUUCAGCCUGUCGCGCCAGGUGCUGGCCGUCGUCGGCCUCGGCACUUCUACCGCUGAUGGGCGCAACCGGGCGGCGCUGUCCCGUGCGCCGGCUGCGCUGCGUGCCGCGUAUCCGGCGGCACUGGCGCACCGCGUCCUGGGCUUCGACAUCGGCGCGGCCCGCCCGCAGACGAUGGACUUCUCCAAUCUCGAUCUCGAUGGCGGCGACGCAGGCAUCGCGCGCGAGAGCUCCUCGGGCGCCGCCACACCUAUUUCCGAGCGGACGGCGCAGGGCAAGGCGUUUGCUGGGCAAGACGCGGCAGCUGGCCUGGUCAUCUUCCCAGCAGUGCGGUCGGACAUGAAGGACGUGCGCUUCUACCUGCGCACGCUGCUGCCCGAGCUCGUCAGCGCCAUUCUCGAUGGUCUGGACGCCACUGUUGCCGCGCUGGAAGGCACGCCGCUCGAGACCCCGCGCGAGACGCUUGUGCCGUCGCUGCCGCUCACGAACGGCGCCGCAGCCAAGGAGGGCAGCGGCAGCUCGUCACCGCUGCCUCACAUGCAGCUGCAGCAGUCUGGCGGCGCAGCCUCGCCCUCGGCUGCCUUUACGGCGCACUCCUUUACGCCUUCCUCGCCGGCACCUUCGAGCGCGACAUCGCGCGCUUCGGCCUUCUUCUCGUCCUUCUCAGGCCCCGGCACAGCCGGAAGCUCCACUGCGAGCAGCUCGAAGAAGCAUGCGCGCCGCGUCUCGGUCGGCACCAACGGGCCGUUGGGCCUCGGCCGCCUCACCAAGGUCCGCGCCGAUGCUUGCCUGCUGGCUGGUGACCUGUGGGGCGCGCUGAGCAACUACGAAAGCGCGAUGACGACGCUCGGCAAGGAGCGUGCGCUGGCCGGCGGCCAGGAUGCAGUGUGGUACGCCGGCGCGCUGGAAGGCUGGGGCGUGGCCCGGGUGCUGGUGCGGCGCAUGGGCGGCCUGGUGGAGGAGAAGGCACCAAGCUUGUCAUUGCCAGGCGGCAGCGCCAAGGACAAGGACAAGAAGGCUGCGGACAAGGAGCCGGCGAUCGAUCUGCCCUACGCGCAUCUGCCGUGGGGUGACGUGGCGGAGGCCUACUCGACGGCGCUCGUCAUUUACAGCAAGUGCCUGGCGCCGCUGAGCUACCUGCUGGAGCCUGCACGCUUCGUCAGCGCCGAGUCACCGCGCGACUACACACACCCGCUGCUGCACGCCGGCUGCUGUCUGGCGUAUGCGCGCUUCCUGCUCUCCAUCUGGGCCUCAGGCGGCUACAACGGCGAGGCAUUUGACCAGAUGAUCUAUGGCGGUAUCCCGCCGAUGCUUGCCGAGACGGUGCGCCCGUCGCUCGCGACCUACACGCAGCACGCCACUGCCACGGGCGUGCAGCGCCACGAGAUCGCUGCAGCUGCCUCGGCGGCCCUUACGCACUCCAUCGCCGCGCUCAAGCCGCCAGAUCAGAUCGCCGUGCUCAGCGCAGCCGCGAGCAUCUUCGGCUGCAUCGGCUUCUCGCGUCGUGAGGCGUACCUGCUGCGCCAGAUGCAGGCUGCCAUGGUGGCUCUGCUGGCGCGCAGCACCACUGAGACGGCCGAUCCUGUCGCGCCGGUCCCGCGCUACAUCGAGCCAAACUCGGAGGCCACGCGUGGUGCGGUCCAGCUGGCGGCGACAGUGUGCGACGAGGCAUACACCAUCAACACCGAGGCUGAGCCUGCGCACAACAUCAUCGCGCUCGCGUCUGCGGUGUGCGAGACCGGUGGCAUCAAUGCCGACGUCCCGCCGGUCAAGCGCCUGCCGCGGCAACACGUGCUUGCGCGCGCAUUGCAGCUCGAAGGCAUCAGCAACGGCGACGAGGACGAAGACGUGGACUUUGACGCCACGCUUGCAGCACGGGCGCGGGCGCGUGCCUCGUGGGGAGCGCAGCCGGAGAGCUUCAGCGGGCCAUCCGGCGGCGGCGAGGCGGUUGUGGAGCGGUCUCUGCUGCAGGAUGAGGCGCCCUUCGGCUGGGCAGAGCAGCAGAUCGGUCUGCUGCGCGACACGAUCGGCGUCUGCGAGGUCAUGGACGACUUCGUCGGCGUGACGCACUACGCGGCGCUGCUGCUGCGAGACUUCCACUGGCUGCUCUCGCCCGACGAGCAGCUGCGCCUGGCCCGCGGUCUGCCGCGCGCUGUCGAGGCGGCACGGCACAGAGGCGCCAAGACGCUGGAGCUGCAGUACUGGGGCCCGGCAGAGCCCGUCUGCCGGAUAGCCGUCGUGCCAGUAGCGCGGGAGCGCAUUCCGGAACAGCGUCCGGCGCUGCAGCUGCGCGAGGACGCCUCGGAGGCCGCAGCGAAGCCUGAGGGCAUCGCCGGCCUCAACAACCCCUUCGUGAUGGCCACGGGCAAGCCCACCACCAAGGAGGCACACACGCUCGUCGUGGACGAGGAGGCUGUCUUUGAGCUCACGCUGCAGAACACCUUUGCCAUCAGCCUCGAGUGCUCCAGCAUCGUGUUGGAGACAACUGGAAGCGCAUUUGAGGCGCUCGAGCUUCGAGACGUCUCAAUACCGCCGCGCGCCAUGCACACCUUGCGCCUCUCGGGCAUCCCGCGCGACACGGGCAAGGUGACGGUGCGUGGCUGCCGUAUCACGCUCGACGGGUGCGCGGCGCGCUCGUUCCGCGUCUCACAGGUUGAUGCCAGCACUGACAAGGGCAGCAUUGCGCGCGCGACGGAGCUGGACGAUCGACGGGUGCGCAUCAAGGCUGCAGGUCUCGAGGCGCGGCCGGCCUUCGUGGCCGAGCGGCGGCGAGCGGCGCUGCUCGCAGGUGACGCAAAGCCAAAACGGCAGUCGAGCAACGGCGUCGAGCUGCUCCUCGAAUGCGUCGUCGUGCCUGCGCAGCCGCUCUUAGCUGUCGAGGCCGCCACAACAUCGCACGGCUCGCUUGUGCUCUGGGACGGCGAGGUGACCACACUCCAUCUGCGCCUGGCCAACAUUGGACGGCUGCCCGUCGACUUCCUGCGCUUGUCCUUUGCAGACAACCUCGCGGACUCGGCGCGAGCCUCGCUUGGCGAAGGCGAGCUCGAUGCUGCAGAGGUGCACGCUCUCGAGACAAGCCUCACGCGUGCGCCAGCCUUGGCAUACGCGAGGGCACCGCGCGAUCCGCUGCAUCGGAUAGCUCCGGGCGAGACGACCACGCUCGAGGUGUCUCUCCGCGGCAAGCUUGGCUGCACGAACAUGACGCUGCAGCUGGAGUACGCCCACGUCGACGGCCCAGGACGCGGUGGCCUGCCGACGGACGAGACGCGCGACUUCUACACCCGCCGCCAUGUCGUGCCGCUCGGCGUCACGGUGCUGCCGAGCGUCGACUGCUCGGGCUUGGAGAUCCGCGACGCUCACCCAGGCGAGGCCGUGCGUCUCGUCGCCGAGAGCAUGGCGCAGCUUGAGCGCGGCGGCGGUGCCCUGCCCGACGGCAAGGCCGAUGCCGAGGUCAUUGGCAAGGCGAGCGAGGCACAAGACGGCGAGGCGUGUCUGCUGUGCUUCGACAUGCGCAACCUGCAGCGCGGCGCUGUUGACGUGGCAUUUGAUGUGGCUCAGGACGAGGGUCCUGCGUUGCGCGUGCGCCGCUCACUACCCGGAGGCGGCCGAGCACGCAUCGUCGUGCCAUUUGCUCGCUUGCAUCUCUCGAGCGCCGAGCUCUCAGCGCCUAUACCCACGCUCAGCGCGCGGCAAUUCGUCGUCUCAAGAGUCAAGCUCUCGGCGCGCGAGGAACAGGCGGCGCGAGCUCGCUUCUGGCUGCGGCAGGAGCUGCUGCGCCGACUCGGCACCGGCACCGACGCAGCACCUCGAUGGACAGAGCGCGCGUCGGGACGCCGAGGCGAGGUGCCGCUGGCGGCUUUCACCCUCAACGACGAGCAAGGCGGACUUGUCCGGCUCGGCGGCGUCGAUGUCAGCCUGGCGGUCGGUGGUGCGGCCCCUGCGGUCAACGGCGAUGCCGUGCACGCACUCGAUCAGGCGCAGGUGGAGGAGUAUACCGACGUGGUGGGCACCAUCACGAAUCGCAGCGACCGCCCGCUGCAGCUCCUCUACCGCCUGAUCCCGCUGCCCUCCACGGCGCUCUCGCGCGCUGGGCAGGCCAUGCCGUCUGUGUCCUCCGCCGCCGCCAACGACGCGAUGCUGAGCCACGUCCUCGUCACGAGCGGCAGUCUCUCGGCACCCGUCGCGCCCUGGCCGCUGCCACCGGGUGAGACGGCGCGCUGCGAGACGGGCCUGCUCUUCCUCAGCGGCGGCGACUAUGCCUUUGCUGCCAUCGUCGAGGAGGUGCCGCACGACGAGCAGACACCCGAGGAGCCUGCACAUGCCGCACACCUGCGUGCUGCAGCCACGGGUCACCUGAACGUGCGCGUCUCCUGCGCUGCUUGACCUGCUUACUUAUUGCUCGGGCUGGCCACGUCACGCAAUCGAUCUGUAGACAAGACUUUGGUAUAC